CAGCUAUUCCGUAAUAUAUAUAUAUACUUCAAAACAUCAUGUUGUACACAACAAAUACACGCAACUUUGUCAAGUUAAAAGUAAACUUUUAAAAAUAGAAAUUAACUUCUUUACUGUAUAAUAUAAAAGAGCAUUUCUGAUAGGUUUGUAAUGCAUGCCUGUGUCGUGUUCUCAUUCUCUUCUUAUCAGUCACGUCAACAAGAUGGAAGGAGGGAAUGAUACACGAAUUUCAGAAUUUCUUCUUCUGGGAUUUUCAGAGGACCCAGAACUGCAGCCCGUCCUCUUUGAGCUGUUCCUGUCCAUGCACCUGAUCACUGUGCUUGGGAACCUGCUCAUCAUCCUGGCCUCAGUCUCAAACUCCCACCUGCACACUCCCAUGUACUUCUUCCUCUCCAAUCUGUCCUUUGCAGACAUCUGUUUUGCAUCCACCACUGUCCCACAGCUGCUGGUGAAUGUGCAGACACACAGCAAAGUCAUAUCCUAUGCAGGCUGCAUCACCCAGAUGUACUUUUUCAUACUCUUUGCAGGGUUGGAUACCUUUAUGCUGACCAUGAUGGCCUAUGACCGCUUUGUGGCCAUCUGUCACCCACUGCAGUACACGGUCAUCAUGAAUCCCAGGCUCUGUGCAUUGCUGGGUCUGGUGUCCUGGAUCCUGAGUGUCCUGAAUUCCUUGUUACAAAGCUUAAUGGUGUUGCCACUGUCCUUCUGUACAGAGUUGGAAAUCCCCCACUUUUUCUGUGAACUUAAUCAGGUGGUCCACCUUGCCUGCUCCAACCCCUUCUUUAAUGACACGAUGAUGUAUCUGGCAUCUGUGGUGCUGGGUGGUGGGACCCUCACUGAUAUCCUUUACUCUUACUCUAGAAUAGUUUACUCCAUACGUGCAAUCUCCUCGGCUCAGGGGAAGUGUAAAGCAUUUUCCACCUGUGCAUCUCUCCUCUCGGUUGUCUCCUUAUUGUACUGCACAAUCCUAGGGGUGUACCUCGGCUCUGCUGCUACCCAGAAUUUGUGCUCCAGUGCAAUAGCUUUGGUGAUGUACACAGUGGUCCCUCCCAUGCUGAACCCCUUCAUCAACAGUCUGCGGAAGAAAGACAUAAGGAGGGCUCUGAGAAGAUUCCUCAGUGGGGUGCAAUGAAAGGGCCAUUGUUCAAGUUUUGUCUGUGAUUUCAGAGCUCUUCGUCUCAGAGCCAGAAAUUGUGAGUCAACAACACCUAAUGCACAUAUAAGAAUAACAUUCAUAGGCUGUCAGGCAGAUGGGAGUGGGGAGGAGGGAAUUGGUAUAUAUAUACAUAAUGAGUGUGAC